CUUUUUUCUCUACCAUCACCCAAUAAGUGUGCUCGGAGGCGGGGUCACCGUGGGUCCGGUCUCCGGAGGCCCAGGUGGAGGAGGGAUUUGAGGUGACGCGAGGGGCGGAGUUUGCGGAGGAAGAUGGCGGCGGCCCGUGGGUUAUCUCUAACGGCCGUGGCCCUGAGGAUGGUCGCUCCCUGGGCAACGGGCAGGCUCCUCGCGGCCUCUCGAGGGCCUCAGGCUCGUCGGAAAGCGUCGUCCUCCAGCCCCGAGGCUGGAGAAGGGCAGAUCCACCUCACCGACAGCUGCGUCCAGAGGCUACUAGAAAUCACCGAAGGGUCAGAAUUCCUCCGGCUGGAGGUGGAGGGAGGCGGAUGCUCCGGAUUCCAAUACAAAUUUUCACUGGAUACAGUUAUCAAUCCCGACGACAGGGUAUUUGAGCAGGGUGGGGCGAGAGUGGUGGUUGACUCUGAUAGCUUGGCCUUCGUGAAAGGGGCCCAGGUGGACUUCAGCCAAGAACUGAUCCGCAGCUCAUUUCAAGUAUUGAACAAUCCUCAAGCGCAGCAAGGCUGCUCCUGCGGCUCGUCCUUCUCUGUCAAACUUUGAUGCGACCACAGGUGACCCAGAGAUCGCUACCACUGGUGCCAAUUUGAGCCUGGCAGUAGAAUUCUAGAGGUUUCCUUCCAAUCACGUCCUUCUUUCAGUUUU